AUGUCCUCAAUUGCUUCUGAAGAAGCCACACUCUCGCGGGCCAGUACCAGUGACCAGACGCAGCCAGAUCCUCGCGACACUGAUGUCAUCAAAUCCAAUCAUGAUUUGCCAGCGCGGACAUCGGCCGAGGAGGGACGCAGUGCAGCAAAGGAAGAUCCUGCCACCAUGGCUGCCAGUGAAGAACUAAAGCACACGACUAUCUCAGACAGAGUAAUGCCGACUUCUCUACGAGAACCACAGCCACAAGGCGUCGAAGGCGACUCUACCGCAGAAGAUAAGGAUAUGGAGGGGGCCGUAAAAAAACGCACACCUGAGAUAGAUGCCACUAUUAUUCAGGAUGAAGAGAUGAGAGAGCGGAUAUCCUCACCGAAGAAGAAGAGAGGCCGCGAUCAGGAUGACGAUACGAAAGACCUUGCAGGCAGCGCUCUCGACAAACCAGGAUCUGCAGCCGACGGCAACACAGUAAACGGAAGUCGAACCACAAGGUUAGAACCAGAAAAGAAACGUCCUCGUGAUGCCUCCGAAGAUAAGGUAACAGCUACUGACUCCUCAGAUACCAAAAAACAAUCCUCUACGAAUAGCGAGAUGUCAAACAAACGGGCGGCAUCCCCGCAAAAGUCCGCGUUUGGUGGCCCCUUGGGGAAUAAAUCACAAACAUCUGCAACCGCAUUUGCAAGCUCUGGUUUUGCCUCGCUAGCCGCCUCUAGCACAUCUCCAUUUGGCAGUCUUGGUGCAUCGAAGCCUAGCAUUUUCGGUGGUGGCUCCCAACCGACUACCUCUGGGUUUGGCGCUCUAGCUGGUGCAAAGUCGUCGAGCGCAAAUACAGAUGCCCCAAUAGGCGGGACAACAGCAUCAACACAGAAAUCGGCACCAAAACUAGGAUUCGGGGGUGGUGCAACGUCGGGAUUUUCUGGUCUCGGAAGCGGAACUGGCAGCGUCUUUGGCUCAGGCUUGGGAAAUGGAUUUUCUGGAGGAUCAGGUCCAAAGCUCUCAAGCUUCGCUGCUCCAGGCAAAGAAAGUAUAGUAUUAGGCGCAAAGCCAGCCAAAGCCUUUGGGGCCCCUGAGAGCGAAGAGGAAAGCGACGGGAGCGAUAGUGAAGCAGCUUCCGGUACCGACGACGAGGAGGGUAGUAAUGUCAUUGCGGAUGAUAAGAAGAAGACAAAGAUAACCAAAGUACACGUCGACAACGGGGAGUCUGGCGAGGCCACACUUUUACAAUUACGCGCCAAACUUUUCCGGCUCGAAUCUAAAGAGGUUGGGUGGAAAGAACGAGGGGUAGGCACGUUGAAGGUCAAUGUUCCAAAAGCUUGUGCAAGCUUUGAUAAUAAUGGGAGGCCAAUCCCUGGAUCAUUUGACAUAUCGGGGCUUGAAGAGGAGCCGGAGGAUCCAACUGCCCCCAGAGUACCGCGUCUUAUUAUGCGUCAGGAAAAUACCCACCGAGUAAUACUGAAUACAGCGAUCUUCAAGGCGAUGAGGUUCGAGGAUAAGCCAUCUACAAACGCGGCACAGAUGAUUUUCACAGCAUUUGAAGGCACUACGGAACCCAAGCAUACCAGUAUGCUCGUCAAGAUGUCCGAAGCCAAUGCGAAGCUUUUUAGAUCCGAAAUUCAAUCGAUUCAGCGUGAACUAUGA